CAAAAUAUUUUGCUUAACGCUGUGUAGAGAAAAAUGCCUAGAAGAUUAACAUUUCUUAUUGCUGUGAUGGUGGUAUUAAUUUAUUUUUCGUUAAUUUUGUUUAUGUUGCGUCCAUUGCAAGGUGCAAGAAGUUAUUACGGCAAUAAUUUAAUAAAUCACCUCGGGUUGCGAGAAACACCCAGGGUGAAUUGGUGUAAGAAUCUGCAUUGGCGUUCUCCACCGUCUCCGAAUGUAGUAGCUCUCGUGUCAUAUCCAGGGAGUGGAAAUACUUGGUUAAGAUACCUACUGCAACAGGUUACAGGAAUCGUAACAGGUUCUGUGUACAUGGAUUAUGGUCUUCGGAUGCAUGGUUUCCCGGCUGAGAAUGUGACAGAUGGAUCAGUACUAGUUGUCAAAACUCAUGAAGCACCACCCAUCGAAGUAGACAAGUUUAAAUCUGCUAUACUCCUCAUCAGAAACCCUAGAGAUGCUAUUUUGGCCGAUUUUAAUAGGCUUCACAAGGGUCAUAUAGGAACAGCUCCGAAGUCCGCAUUCAAAAAAUCAAAUAAAAACAAAAAUUCAGAUUGGUCGACAUACGUGUUCCAUCAGCUGUCUACGUGGGAGACACUCCAUCGUCUAUGGCUUAAAAAGUUCCUGGGACCGGUUCACAUCGUGUUCUACGAGAUCCUUGUCAAGGACACGAGGAGAACGUUACAAGGGAUUUUGGAUUUUCUCAAUCAUACAGUAACUGAAGAUGACAUGAAUUGUGCGGUGGCAAAUCGAGAAGGAAUUUAUAGACGAAAAAAGAAAUAUCACGACUUUGAACCGUUUUCGCCAGAAAUGUAUUCUGCAAUAAAUAAAGUUCGAUAUAGAGUUUUGCGUUUGGUUUCGGAUUUUAGGAAAAAACAAAACUACACUGGCCUAUACCACAGAUAAAAUAGAUAAGAAUGAUAAUAGAGAAUUGUACAGAGAUAUA